AUGCGCUUGUUUGUUGUUUUGACUCAAAUUUACAGUACCUUUUUUUCAUCGCUGACUUGUCUGCGCUGCCGGGGCGUGAUUCAGCCCAGAUACUGCUCCACAGUUGUUGAUUGUAACGAAGGAGAGGUAUGCUCCGUAGAGAGGGUGAUAACAGACUUGGGAGAUAUAGAAUAUAACCUCGGAUGCUCUACGACGGCGAAUAAAGAGGCAUGCUCAGAGCUAGUUCACUACGAGUUCAAUGCUGUCAUCACUCAGGUAUUUCAGUACCGUUUUAAUGGAUCGGUGGAUUUCUACCGAAAUUUCGCCAGCUAUGAACAUAGAUUUGGAUCGGUGCAUGGGGAGUUUUGGAUGGGGUUAAGUCUUUUACACGAAAUGACGAACAGAACUGUAAAUGAACUUCGAUGGGACAUGACAGGUAUGGACGACGCUAACGCUUUCGAUCAAUAUGCCAACUUCUCGAUUCUAGCAGGGCCUACAUACAGGCUUCAGGACCUGAUUAAUGAUCGCCGCAGAAAAUCGCUAUACGGCAAUGCAAUCAUCGACCUGACAAAAGUAAGAGCGAACGGGAUUCUCAAUGCGUUAACAAGGAAUACAAAGGUGAUGUCAGAGUACGAGUAUUCGCGCUAA